AUGAGUAACAAUGAAGAUAAGGAGAAAUCAGAGUCUGACUCACGGCAGUUACCUUCUAUAAGAAUGUUUAUGAAGGGGUCUUCGAAUCCCUCAGGUAGGGGAUCAAGUGGAGAUGAAAGUGUUAGAGCCAGGCAGCUGUCGAUCUCUUCUCAAUUCAAACUACCUUCGGUUGGUCAUAGUCCUCAGUCUUCAAUAGGAAGUGGUUCUGGAAUACAAUCCUCGAUAGGAAGUAUGUCUGACUUACAAUCAGGAAUCCAUUUAUCUAAAGCACCUCCAAGACGACUGUUGGAUAAACCUGCUGAAAAAGAAGAGGUCUAUCCAUUCAAUUUUCAGUUUCCCCCACCAAGUGGGAUUGAGAAGUAUAGUCCUGUUCAACGAUCACCUUACAAGCAGGAGUCGUUCAAAAGCUUUCCACUGUCAUUCUCAUCUACUUUGCAAUCCAGCUCAUCAAGGAGUUCAAGUCUGCAAGGACGGGAAAAUGACUUUAUGGCAUCUAUCCCCUAUUACAUGACGUUGUGUCACAACACUUAUGAAUUCUUCGAAGUCUUGAAUCAUAGGUAUAGAUGCUUACUUGAGAGUAAGAUUCCAACCCCUCUGUGGGAGAAUAUCCUCGAGGGCUACUUAGACACGCCAUUUGGGCGAAAAUAUGUAGGGAGAGACACAUUUGAAAAAUUUAUUUUGUCUUUUGCACCCGAAGUCAUUGACAGCGUAAGAGAUAACCUUACCAAAGAAGUAGACUUUUUGGAUCAGUUCCUUAAGUUUAUUCAAGCAUCUAAAAGUACGGUGAGUUUGACUGAUCAGUCUCCAAGUCAGCGUAUUGAAGUCCCCGAUUACAGAGCACCAGAGUUUCCCUUUCGACAACAUCAAGUUGAACCAAUAAGUCCAAUUAGUGCAUCACCAAAUACUCCAAGGCAUUUAAAGAGGCGCUCGAGUUCUAAGAGCCUGAGGGGCCCAAGACCUGGUGGAGAGAUUGUAGCGUUGAAAGUAAGUUUGCCCAGAUUAGAGACAUCUUCUCAAGAGGCAGCUACGAAACCUCAUGGAUAUCUCAAUAAAGAUCUAAGCAUGAGAUCAGAAAUGAGCUGCAAGCACUGUGGUUCCAGGGAUACUCCUGAAUGGCGACGAGGACCCGGUGGAAAUAGAACAUUAUGCAAUGCUUGUGGUCUCUUUUACUCGAAACUAGUUAAGCGUUUUGGGUCUACAGAAGCACUUAAUAUAAUGCGCCAGCGCAAGGAGGAAAGUAGGACGACAGAUAGACAGAUAACUUGA